UACGGGCGGCACGUCGCGUCAGUCGUCGUGUACGUGUACGCGCGCGUGUUUGCCGCUCUACAAACUGCACCGGACCGGUGGUGCGCGCGUGUUGUUGUGUGCGCGUCAAUCGUAUACUGCAUACACACACGCACUUUAAUAAUAAUAUACGGUUAUAGGUACACCGAACACAGGCUACCCCGAACACCCGCCACCCCAAUCACCACCGCCACUACCCCCUCAUUCACUCCGCACACGCCGUCAUCACCGCCGUCACCACCACCACCACCACCACCACCGACGCCGACGCCACCUCUACCCGCGACGACCGCGGUUUUCGCGACUGAAUCGCCGCCGCACCACCUGAUGGAUCCGCGCCGGACCGUGUAACUGCCGUGGUGCGACACACGACGACCGCGACGACAUCGACACCGCGCCGCUCGCGCACCGCUUGCUUAGCCGACACGACCGGCACCCAUACGACAUUACCGUCGUCGUUGUCGUCGUCGUCGUCGUCGUCGUCGUCGUUGUCGUCGUCGUCGUCCAACCGUCGACUCGCCGGCCGCCACACUUCGUCGCGGUAUCAUAUACCGCGACGGGCGACGACUGCGAUCACAGCGUCCCGUUCGAAUAUCUUCUGGUUUGCGGUUGUCCCACUGCAGGAUAUAUCGCUUUAAAACAGUACAGGACUGCGAGUCCAUCGCCAUGUUGCGCUUCGAAGCAUGUAUGUCAUCUUCCCGGCGGACGAAGUCGUACAGCUGUCAUUCGGUCGACCCACAACACGUCAGCGUCAACAGCAGCGGUCCGGUCAACGUUGUUAUUGCGACCAACACCGUACUGUCCCAGUCGUGGAUGGCGGUAACAAACUCUUAAGAGGACAUCAACCAAUGAACCCAAUGGCCUCAGCGAUGGGUGAUGACCUAUCGCUCAGGGACCUUACGCAUCCGGCACUGAACGACUCCUUGAAAACGCACAAUGCUGCCACAUUCAAGCUCGUCAAAACAGUGUCCGAUUUCACGCAAGAGUUGUCCCAAAUGUACGAACAACACGCAGCCGAGCUGCAACUGCUAGUCACGAAUUUCCGAAAGAAAAACACCGAUCUCAGGAAGGACAGGCCCUCAUUCCCAAGCCAAUUAUUCCACACGUGGGAGAUGUUCCUGCAAGAGGUGGAAACGGACUCGAAGUCGAUCAGUGACGUGGCUAGUGUGCUCGGUCGACAAAUUUCUAGGCCGCUUUUAGAUAGGUCGUUCCAUCGAAAAGUACAAUCACGUAAAGUAUUCAGCCAAAGAGACUCGUUGGAGUUGAUCCUGCAAAAGUCCGAGGAUAAACUAUCAAAGUGCAGAGAAGAUUACAAACGUUCUUUCCUUGCCCAGCUGUCAUCUCCAAACAGCUCAGCAUCCCUAUCUUCGUACCUUGACGCCCAUAAUGCCUAUGUCACCCAACUUCAUGCCACCAACGGAAUGGUCGACCAGUACAACCAAUAUGUAUUACCGCAACUAUUACAGGAAUUAGAAGACGUUUACUCGGACUUGUGUAUGUCCCUGUCGGACGCGGUUCUCCAAGGAUCCGACGUCAUAUACAACAAGUCCACCGAUCAAUCGAAGAGAUACAACGCUUUGGGAUCCCAAUGCCGACAGCUGACACCUGGUUCGGAUUUGGUCGCGUUCGCCCGGUCCCUAGCACCACUGCCCACCACGCCGUACCCAUCGCAGCGGACCCGAAACUAUUGUCCACCACAAGCUCCGGCGGACACCGAGGGGAUGAUUUUGGAACCCGGGGUCACGGAGGCCAUAGCACAACUGGCGUUAAAAAACGAACUGAUCGUCGACAGGCUGGCCAGCUUGGACGUGCGAGCAGGAUACGACACCAUAAGAGCAGAACUGAUGGACCUCGAGUCACAGAUGAAACAGAUACAAGAUUCGGUGGAAACGUUUAAGCGCUUACAACAAAGGAGCCUGGAACAGUCGAUGUUCAGCAAGGCGAACGAACUGCAAGAGGACAUCAGCAUCAAGAGAUUCGAAUUUCGCACCGCGCAAAUGCACCUGGCGGCCGUCAAGUCGCAGAAAGAUCUGUUCGCAUCCAAGCUAGAAGCGACCGAAUCGAACGCACGAGAUAGGAAACUAUCGUCGUCGUCCAGUGGCAGCAUGAAAUCUAAAUGGUUAAAGGCCAUCAAGAGCCUGAAGACCACCAGUGGGCCUACCAACAACAAUACGACACAAAAGGAUGAAAAGAAACACCAAAUGUACCACGCGGUAUCGACCAUAAUUGCAAUGAGGAAAACCGGACGUGACGGAAACCCACAAUUCUCGGCCAACACUGAAACGGCGCACCAGUUCCAGGAGUACACGUAUAAGAAAAUUACACCAUGCGAUUUUUGUUCACAGGUCCUUAGAGGGCACACCAGACAAGGUCUCAAGUGCAGGGUGUGCAAGAUGAACGUGCACUUGGACUGUCAGGAGAAAGUCACCACUCGGUGUCAGGUGAAGUCACGGCUGUUGCGCCGCCAGAAGUCUACGUCAGAGAUCGAGACGAAGAUGGCGGCAAUGAACAUGGCGGGCCGCGACGACGACGAAGCGGAAUCACACGUCGUCGGCACGUCUUCGGCCUCCUGCAGACUCCCGGAAUCGGCAGCACCCAGAAGGCGGAGACUGUUCGGCGGCGUCAAGAGCUUUACCAUGUUCGGUGGCAGGUCCCAAACACAAGGCCGAUCGAUAUCGUUACCCGAAAGCCAGACCACCUGCUAUUCUCAGGGACAAGACAAGCAUUUUUGGACUCGAUCAGUCCCUACCGCUCCGCACAGCCCUCGUCGACCGAAACUCAAUUCGCGCAUGAAGAGCUUUUCGUUGGACUCGUCGGACACCGCGGAACAAGCGCAAAGGCGGCGGAUGGGCAGCAGUGGCAACGGCAGCGGCGGCGGCAGCGGCAGCAGCACCGGACUCCAACAGCAGAUGGAAAGCUACUCAAAUCCUUCGUCCUCGUCCAGAUUGCAAUCUCCGUCUAGCCCGGUGCACAACCGGCGUCUACUGUCCACCAGGACCAUACGGAUGAGCUCCGUCGAGUUACCCGACGACAACGAUAAAUCACUGUCGUCGGCAAGUACGUCUCCGUGCCCGUCGCCGGUGAGAUAUUCACAAAAACCGCACAGGCUGUUACCGAAUAAUCUCUACGUGGUACUGUACAAUUUCAAAGCUCGGCGGGAAGACGAACUGGAUUUGAAGGCGGGAUACAAGGUGACCGUUAUCGACACGUCAGACCCGGCCUGGUGGAAGGGUAAAUGUUUCGGUCGCGUCGGUUACUUUCCGUACAAUUACGUGACCAAAGUGCAGCCCGGAGAGAGGCCAUGGCAAGUCACAAUCAAUUUACAGGUGUUGGACGUUGACAAUAAUCCACUCACAUUGCUGAGAGACCAGAUCGUUAUUCAGAUUGGCGAAGGACCAGACGGCUCGGUAAUGAUCCGAAACGCAGAGAACAAACAGGGCAUGUGCCCGGUGAAGUUCCUGCAAGAGGUGUGACAAUCGGGUGAGCGAUACGUGACGCAUCGCUUUUCUAUGUCUCGACGUCCUUUCUUGAGCCCCUCUUUGCCCUCGGACUACGAGAGAUACGACGACGACCGGCCUUGCGGCCGUCGACAUUCCAACUCGCAGAACCGACCGCUGUUGGUGAUCGGUCAACGUUGAAACAAUCCGCGACGCCGAAUUAAACACACACACACACCCUCAUACAAAUACUCACAUUUACACACACACACACACACACACACACACGUAUUAUACAUACAUAUUAUUAUAUACAAACACAUGAGCAGGUACUGCGAUUCUCUACCCCCCUCGAUGCCCUCCUAAAACAACCCCCUCGUGACUGAGACAACUAUCCCGCUCACCCACCCCCAUCGCCCUUUCCACCAGCAGACUAUUACCGGAGUUGCUAAAUUACACACCCUCGGUCUCUCUCGCUCUCUACUUUAUUGUGUACAACACAGAUAUACAUAUUAUAUAUUUACGCUGACGAGAUUCUACGAAAAUAUAAUAAUUUACCGUGUUGUGCUCGAUCGUUGUGCUUGUUUGUGCGGCGUGUAUGACGUGUGUGCGUGUGUGUUUAUGCGUUGUUGUUGUUGUUAUUCUUAUCCAAUCGAUUUAUAGAAAACUGUAUACCCUCUUCACAUUCGUGCCGCCACUAUAUUAUAUUAUGUUCUAUACACCUAUUCGACGACUCAUCUUCAUACCCCCACACACAUACAUACAUAUACGUAAACACACUUAAAAACAAUAAAAAUAUUAUUAAAUAUGUAAACAAAAAUUACGACCAAUUUUCUUGAAAAAAAAAUCAAACGAAAAAAAAAAUAUUAUUCUAGCAUAUUAUUAUAUGAUCUCUCUGUAGUAACAUAAUAAUAUAUUUUAGUCUGCAGAGAAAACCGCACUCGUACGCGUGUGUAAAAUCAUGAAACAUAAUCAUUUUGUAAGCCUAAAAAAGUAUUUUACGUAAUAUUCAUACAAUUAUAUAUUAUAUUAUAUUAAUUAUAUAUAUAUAUAUAUAUUAUAUUUGUAGAACGGCCUAGAUUUGGAUUGUGUUUUACAGGCUGUCCACACUUAUUAUUUUUUAUUAUUUUUUUUUUUUACUAAAGAAAUAUUAACAAAAUAUAUUAUUAUCUCAACCAGACACUUAGGUAUUUACCUAAUAUUAUUGGCUAUAAUAAUCGUUUAGCUAUGCUAUGUGUAAAUUACAUUUUGUCGUAUGCUAAGCUAUAUAUUAUGUAUACAUAUAAUAAUAAUAAUAUAUCUAAUGUUAUUUCGUGGAUAAAACUAUUAAUAAUAAUAAUAAUUUAUAAUAUAUGAAAAAGUUAUUAUAUAUUAUAACUUACACCGAGUAAUACUUUUUGUGCGACACUCGUUUCCGUUACGGACAAGGAGGUACUAUAUAAUAUUAUUUAAUAAUAAUAGGUAUAAAUUAAAUUUUAAAAAGUUUUUGAAAAAUAAAAACAUUUAUAUAUCUAGGGUAUCUCGCGCGUCCCCGCCUUGGCCCAAGUUAAAUUUAAAAAAAAACAAUCUUCGACUGCUGUCUAUAAUAGUAUAAAUACAUGCAUAUUAUGUAAUAUUAUAUAUUAUAUAUAUAUAUAUAUAUGUAUUGGUAAUUAAGGUAUAAUGUAUUUAUAUAUACGAUAAUAAUGAUACGCUACUCUCCGCCCGCUGACUUCUGAGCUUUUGUUACCCGUCCACACCACACACACACACACACACACACACACACACACACACAUACAUAUGCACAACGUCCACGAACGUCUUAAACAAUUAUAUAUUAUUACGAGGGAUCUGUAUAGACAUAACGUUUAUUUCUUCUGUCAUGUCAAAAAACAUUUAUAAUACUUAAAUACUAUAUCUUACCAUGCUUGAGAAAUAACAAAAACCCGUUAUCCCUAUCCGUCGUAUCUAUUGUGUAAGUUAUAUGUACGUAAUAAUAUAUACAUAUAUAAUUAAUUAUAAACAACAUUGUCCUCCACAUUUACUAUAUUCAACUGUACAAAAUAUAAGUACAACUGUACAAUUAUAAUAUAACUUAAAAUUAGAAAGUUUUUCACUCGAUUUCGGCGAACCGUGGUUGUUAUAAUAUGCGAGUAACCAGAGGAGGUACCUGAUCUUCACUUUACACUCGACCUAAUCAAUCGACAGGCGUACGUAUUGUACCUAUCCAUCACAGAGACAUGCUCAGGCUUGUUUGGCAGACGGGGACUUACAACCAUUCCACGAUACUACCAUCCUGCUCCCCUAUACCGAAGAAAUUCUAGAAUAUAUUCUUCUGUUUAAAUAACAUAACUCACCGCCAGAUCAUAAGUUUGGUGACUCGUAAAUUAUCCAUUUCAAAUGAUCAAAUGAUCUCUUAUAAAAACUAAACGUGCUUGACAAUGCCCUGAUUCUACUGUUUCUUUAUACAUCAAAUAUGUAAUGUGGCAUCCUGAAAAUUGUAAGAUUGGGUGUAUAACACUUUCGGCGUUUUGAGCAUUCGAGAUUAUAAUAAAUCUUUUAAUUCGAUACUUUUGUACUCUUGGAUGACAACUUAAGUUUCUCACGUUAGAGGGCAUUGUACCGCUUUUGAGAUCUAUGUCUCCCUUUUUAAACGGUCCCGGUUUUGUCCAACAUUCGUGAAAAUUUAAAAUAUUAUUUUUUAAAUUUAUUUUAUACAAUAAAAAUAAAAAUUUUAUUAUCUGUGGUCCGUGGUUUUGGCUAUGCAAUUCACAGUAUUAUAGAUAAAUCAUUAUUCCACACACAAAUCCAAUUAGCUACCAGUGGGUAUUUGAAGACCCUUGCAUUAUUUUCAUUCUUCGAAUCUUCUUCUAUCUAAUGGAUUGUUAAGGUCAAUGUAUUUUUUGUUUCUAAAUAAAAUGUAUUCUCAUCAAAUAAUAUUUAUUUCUUUGAUGUGUUACUAUCUACUGUUAAUCUAUAUCCCAUACAAACAAAAAAUGAACAAAUGAUAUAAAUAAUUUGUUAUAACUAAAAAAAUUUUUUACUUUUAGAAUUCUCGAAGUUAAACUUUUUAACCGAGGGUACGAAUAUAAGACCGUCCCGGUCGGCCGUCACUACACUAUAGAUAGAUAUAUAUAUAUAUAUAUAUA